ACAAUAAUAAUCGCCAUACUACUCAUUAUCAUCAUUCUGGAUCAAAUGAUCGCAAAAUUGAUCCAGAUCAUGAAACAUCCACAACAAUGAUGAUGAUGAUCAAAUCGGCAGCAACGACAAUGCCGCCACAUCAUUAUCCAUCCCGUUUUAUGUAUUUUGCUCAGCAACAACCACAACAGCCAUCAUCCAAUGCACAAUCAAUAUCGGAAAUGAUAAUUUCCAAUGAUUAUGAUAAAUUAAAAACAAUGACAACAACAAAUCUAUCGAAUGAUCAACAACAUCGAAUGUAUCAAUUGUUUCUAAAUUAUCACCAUCAUUUAAUACGCCUACAACAUCAACAUCAACAUCAGCAGCAGCAGCAUCAGCAACAAAAAUUUCCAAUCUCAAAUCAUGUCAUCAUGCCAUUUUUAUCUGAAAACACGAAAAAAUUCCCGAAUGAAUCCAGUCAGAAUUUUCUCCAAUCAGAAUGGAUGAAUUUCUUUCAAACUACAGCAAACAAUAGGAAAAAUACUCAAUCAGAUGAUGAAUUGGAAUUAGAAUCAAAAUCAGAUUUUCAUUUGAAAAAUGGUGACAGUAAUAAUAAAAUUAUUGUCGAUGAAGUGGCAAUCGAUGUAACACGUACAACGCCAUCACCAUCAUUAUCUGAAUCUGAUACGACUGAUCAUCUUUUGGCUAAUAAUCUGCCAACAACAGCAUUCAAUCAGCAGCCAAACAUUACGACAACAGUGAACACGAAUAAUCAAAAAUCCAAUUCACAAUCGAAUGAUAUGAAACGACGACGAACAUGUUUUAGUUCAGAACAAUUGCUUGAAUUGGAAAAAGAAUUUCAUUCGAAAAAAUAUCUUUCAUUACGUGAACGUGCACAUUUAGCCGAUGUUUUAGAUUUGACUGAAUCACAGAUAAAAAUAUGGUUUCAAAAUCGUCGUGCUAAAUGGAAACGGGUGAAAGGUCAAAUGGCAACGGAAAUUAAUCAAGCACUGCAGGCACCGGCAGCGUUAUUCAAUCUGGGACAUCCACAUUCAACGUCGUUAUCAUCAUCCUCAUCAUCAGCAUCCUCCUCGUCAUCGGCAUCAUCCAUAUCAUCAUCAAACAAUUCGAAUUCAUCAUUAUCAUCGUCAACAACAUUAUUGAAUCGUGAACAUUCCGGUGGUGAAACAACAACAAACCAACAAACAACAAUUGGACAUAAAAUUCAUGUACCAAUACCGGUACAUGUUGAUCGUAUAUUACUUCGUGGUCAACAACAGCAAUAUGAAAAACGAAUGCAACAAAAUGGAAUUCGUAUAACGAGCAAAUCACAAGAGCCAAAUAUAUCUCAGAUUAUGCAACCAUCACCAUACGAACAAACAUUGGAGCCAGAUUCGGUUGGUGUCAUAAUGAAUAUGUCGUCGUCAAAUGAUAGGUCAAAUUCAAAUUCGAAUAGUAAAAAAACAACCACAACAACUACAUUAUCAUUGUCACCGAAUUCAGCAUUUCAAACACCAUCAACCAUUCAACAACAACAAUCAUCAAAACGAUUAUCACGUCGAUCUGGUGCUGGUAUUGGUUGUUUACAUCGAACAUCAUUAUUGCCAUUAUCAUUACAACAAUUAACACAUUCAUUUGCAUUAGCACAUCAUCGAUCUACAUCACAAAUGAUACAAUUCAAAUGUUGAUUAUUGAAAAUUAAAAAUAAAUGAACAUAACUAUCAUACUAUUAUAACCAAGAGAAA